AAUCAGUGAAAUUUUACACGUAGCAUUACUAAUUCGAUUUUGACCGCACAUCCAAAGCGAACUGGUACAGCUAAGUUUUCUAGCGAACCGGAAGCGAGGUUCCCAUCGACCUGCUGAUCCGAGGAAAACGAAUGCCAACAUAGUAAGUCCACUCGUAUGCCACUCGGGAACCCUUGUUCAAAGGACGAGCGAGUCAAAAGUUUCGCAAUGCAGUUAGAAGUGUAGCGUGGGCAUAGCGUGUCCGCCGUCGGCUGAACUGGAUUCCAUUUCAACCCAAAGCAUUAGAGACCAUUCACCUUUGAUCACUGUUUCUGGUCAUGCCGUCACGACGAUUCGACGACGCUUAAAACGACACGACUUCCGCAAAUCCAUUUAUGCGGAUCGGGAAGAUGUGUACAAUGCAGUGGAAAGCCGUGUUUUGGAGAAUGCCUUUCAAGGAUACAAUUCGAAAAGUCAGACAUCUUUUCUGUGUUGGCUGGUAUACGGUCAGUGCAGCGCACUAUGGUGCAUAAGUUAUGAUUCAUAGAGAUAAGGACGGGUAUGUUAGAAAACGGAGCUGUGCAGCGCGGUAUCUUGAAUACGUGCGGUAUAGUUGUUUUGACCAUUCGGAGCGCAGAUAAGCUCCGGAUCGUGAUGACACACGUUACCCGUCGUUAUCUACUGCGCAUUAUGCACAAAAAACCAACUGGCGUUGGAAAGAUACGGGAAUGUCUGAGUCUUCGUAAUGCCUGCAUCUUCGCAUAUGGACAUACCGGUUCCGGGAAGUCCUACACGAUGAUGGGCUCACUAGAACAGCCGGGUAUAGUCCCGCGGUUAUGUAAUAAUUUAUUUCUGCGAGUGGAGAAUUAUGUUCGAAAAAAGAACCAUUCAGAGUUUGUGUGUACGGGAACACAACAUUUUGGGUCCUUACGUGGACGGCUUGACUAUAGCAGCGGUUGAGUCGUUUGAGAUAUCGAGGAAUGUUCUGUAUAUGUUUUCGCUGUUUUGCGAAACCGAUGGAAAUUUCACUUGUUACGCUUGGCAUGGAAAUUCUUAACAUUAAGGAUUAAACCACCAAAUUCAGAUCGUAACACCACCGUUCUAUGCCAUUUUGCUGAUAUGUACUGUAGUUGCAAAAAAUGCAUCUAUAAACUACGGUACAGUUAAAAUUAACUGCUUGUUAUGCAUCAUGAUAUCGUUCGGACAAAGUUAAACGCUGUUUUAAUAGUUAGCAACUGGAUUUCUACAUGCUUGAAUUUUCCAGACACCAUAAACUGAAUCUGCCCUUUAAAUAUUAAUUUUUAAUUAGUUGUUACUGUUGUUAGUAAUUGUUAAUCAUGAAUAUGUAUAUGACCAGAUAUCUACGAGUGCAUGACCAAGACUAAUCCAUGCGAACCAGGCCAAUGUGUCAACUUGCCGGACAGUUUCGCCUGCGUGUCUCCGGCCAAUUAUGAUCUUAUGGCCGGACAGGAAUGUAUAAAAAUCAACCAGUGCAUGUACGAUCCUUGUACGAUCGGCACUUGCCAGGAGGAUAUGGUUGGAGGCUACAAAAUACACAUGUCUGCUGUGUCCAAAGAGCUUUGAAUACAUAAAUAAUCGGAAUAAUCGGUGUGAAGAUGUCAGCGAGCGCGCUGAGUCACCAACUCUGUGUUCCCCGGGGAUAUGCAUUAACAGCGUGGGAAGCUAUCAGUGCCGCUGUCCGAAGGGUUUCCAAUCCACGCCUGGAAGCUGUGUGGCUGUGCGCCAGUGUCAUCUGCCGGUAUCUGUGGUGUGUGCGUGUCUCGUGGACGAGAAGCCUGGAUCGUCAUCCCAAUGCUACUGUCCUGUCGGAUAUCAGGCGGUGCGCGGAUCUGCCUGUGUUGAAAUCAACGAAUGCGCGAUGAAUCCCUGUACUCCUACUCUAGAACGUGUAUGGACCGUCCUGAAUCGUAUAUUUGCAACUGUCUCAAAGGUUACCAGACAAUUAACGGGCGGUGUGUUGUUGAAAAAACAAAGCUUAAGCAGAAUUAUAAGAUAAUGUGAAUUAUGAAGGGUUGAAUAAGACUGUACGUGACUACAUAAUGAUAACAAACAAAACGAGAUAAUUAUCACAUAUUUAAUGGUAAUUGUAUCCACUGGUUGUGAAAAAGCGGGAUGUGGUCCCAAUUCGCGUUGCAUUUCUGCGCCGGAUAAACAGAUGAUGCGCUGCGAGUGCGCACCGGGUUUCCGUGAUCAAGGCAACGGUGCCUGCAUAGUGUCUGCUAAAGCAAUAAACACCCGUGUGGCGAAGCCGGAGAUUGCACUGCCACGAGUCCCAUGACUGACGGCUCCUACGACUGCCAGUGUCCAAGAGGCUGGCAGAAGAUUGGUUACCCUCCGAAGUGCUUGGACAUCGAUGAAUGCGUGCUGUACAAUCCCUGUUUGGUCGGAUACUGUGUUAACACCAAGGGAAGCUAUUCCUGCAAAUGUCCUAAAGUUUUCCAAUUUGAUACCGCAGCGGGACAUUGUGUUAAUCCACCAUGCUCACCCGGAGAAGGCCUAUACGAAUGCUCUUGUCCACCCAGUUACAAUAAUACACUGGGAGGCUGUGUCGACGUUGACGAGUGUGCGGCUUCCACAUAUCCUUGUGUUACCGGGAACUACGUAAACUCCGAAGGCUCGUAUUCUUGUGUAUGUCCCAAAGGAUUUUUCUUCUUCGAUCAGAAAUUUUGCAAAGACCGAAAUGAAUGCGUGGAAUUCCUGUGUGACCUUUGUCCAGGCGGUAGUACAGCGUCAACUCACCGGGAAACUAUCGAUGCACCUGUCCAACUAAUUUUGACUGAAUCGAUGGAAGAUGUGCCAGAUGUGUCGGAAGCUAAAUGUUCGAACACUUGUGAAUAUGUCAGGUGUGAACCGUGGAGCCUACAUGUGCUGACAGUAUUGAUGGGCCGGUUUGCACAUGUGCAGUGGCAUGCAUUGCCCCGCCGCCGUGUGUGGUCAUUCGAGACUGCGGUCAAAAAGCUGACUGCAGUCUGCAAUGUCCAAGUGGUGGCUUCAGCUUUCAAAAUCACCUGCGUAUGCCGUCCGGGUAUUGAAGGCAGUCCACCAUUGCGUCAAUGUGGUAUGGGUGUUAAUUUUAAAGCAGUGGAAAUAAAAGCUUUACGUCAUGAUUUCGGCAAAAGUUGUAUUCCAGACGGGAUGGAAAAUGACCUUACAAAAGGAAUAUGCAUUAGUAUGACAAGAUGUUCUGCAUUCUUGUUUCGCAACCCGAAGUUAAAAAUUGAAAAAGUUCAAAACUGAAAAGUUGCGGGAGAACCUAAUAUGAUUUGGAAUUUGUAUUUAAGUGAUUUAAUCCAUGUCUACCAGGCAAAUGUUUACCGGAAAGUUACUUGUACCGAUGCUAAUGCCCUAUUGGCUACAAUUUACAAGACACAAGUAUACUUCUGUGCAAGAUGCUCGUGUUGUUGCAGAAAGCAUCGGAAACCAUUCAACUUUAAACGAGUGCGAGAGAACGCCACCAUUUGCGGCAUGGAUGGUACAUGCAGUAAUGUCCCGGGAAUGUCCACCACUACUGACUACAAGUAUUGGCUGUAGAGUUCUUCAUUGGCAUUUCGUUUGCGCGGGAAGGUGUUCUGGACAUCCGGUUUGGGUAGAAUAUCGCGCACACAGGCCAGAGCCGCGGUGACUGCUGGGCGUGUGCCGGGUGGGAAUCAUUGCCGAGCCGAGAAGCCCUGGCUAAGCGCCACUGCCAAGGUUGGUUCAUGGAGAUUACGGAAAGCUCUGACGAAUGCUUUGACAGAAUACGGUAUUCUCAGUUAAUUCUAAUAAGACUUUGAACUUAUUUGACGGCAAGGACUUUUUUAGGAUAUUAGCAGCUUCAGUUUACGGGCCAAGCACUUUUUUCUUACCAAAACGGAUUGCAGAUUCAGAAUCAGCACAUUUUUCUGACUUAGAACACUUUCCAAAAGUGGAAAGGGUCAUAACGACACACUGGGGCGCUGGGGGGCCGGCAGUCAGAAAGUGUUUUCUAAGUCAGAAAAAUGUGCUGAUUCUGAAUCUGCAAUCCGUUUUGGUAAGAAAAAAGUGCUUGGCCCGUAAACUGAAGUUGCUAAUAUCCUAAAAAAGUCCUUGUUUGACGGUAAUGAUUUACUACUACUGUAUUAUUUGACGAAAGAUCUACUGUUACUGCAUCGUUCGUAAACGCCGCGAGGUAAGCUAUCACGGAAAUGUUGUCAUUUUAUGAUUCAACGAAAGAUACGUCUUCUUACUGGUAUGGCUGUGUUUCAAGAAAUUUUCUGGGAAAGAUUAAGUAGUUGAGCACGAAAAAAACGGAGAAGUAGUCGUGGAACUUGGCUCCGACCAGACGUUCCAUAAUCCUUUCCAUGGAGGAUACUCCAAGUGCUGCAGGUUGCACGUUUGCAAAUGACGAGAAUUUCGUUAGCCGCACGGAAUCGGACGAGCAGCCUGACAUUCAGCUAAGUGGAGAAUGGCAUGGCCGACCCAACCUCGCCGUCCUCUUGAUAGAAGCCCAGGAACUGCAUGUGACCCCGUUAUGCCAUGCCAAGUGCUUCGUUGUGUCUAGCUGCGCUAUUAAUGUCUUUGUAUAAUCCAUUCAUGCUUUAGAAUGUGUCAAUGGAGUGGAUUGCUUGGAAGACGCCUGCGCAGUCGCGACCGUUUGAUCUUCGGGUACUUUGUCAUGUUGUGUUCUUUUUGAGCACAGUUCUAGGAAUGCUGCACAAUCGGGCUCGACGCCGGAAGAAUCGGUAAAUUAUGAAUCAGCACGCCGAAGGGAGAAGCUGUUUCACAACAAACGAGCGAUCCCGCCACCGCCUCUCUGUUUGUGUCAUGCAUUAGAGUCACACCGCACUGCUGACUUAGAUUAAAAAAAUAUGAGAAACAGUUGAGACUAUAGGAACAAUACCGGAGUAACCUUUCUGUGGCCGGGACGUCGACCAGCACCCCUGGAGUUUACGGCUCAUCCGUGGAUCUUCUGUAUCGGUCCAGUUGUAACAUCGCUGGGGCAACAACGGCUUUCGUAUCGCGGAACGUAUGGAAUCAUAAGAAUCCCCCGGAGACGCGUACCGGAAACGCACCCCGAGAUCAAAUCAACAUACGGAAAGUGUGAUUCAAAUCAACAUACGGAAAGUGUGAUUAUUUCCUUCUAAUAAACUUACAAAGCUUGACGUGGUAAUUUAUCAAUAAAAUUAAUAACUUGUAUAAUAAUAUAUUGAUGGAUGUCUCAUCAUUAAUUUCUGUGUCUGUUGUCAGAUUGUGUAACCUUUGUCACAUAACCUUUGCCUUUCCACACCCUGCGACCGUCAAUUUUCUCCAGUUUUUGUCAUUGCUUUAGCUUAAAGAUAUCCUGAGACUUCGAGUUCAAAAAUUAUACACAGAAUUACGCUUUAUGAAUAUUUGAUAGUCGUUGAACUACGGAUGUUUUUGCCGGGAGGGCUGAGUAAGGAUUUGUAUGGCUAUCGACGCAAACGGAAGAACAUUAGAUGUUUGCAUAAAAAAACAGGCAAUUCUGACCUCUACCCAACCACAUCGCAGACCGGAAGCACGCGCUGGAGUAGAUGGGCAUUUCCGUUCAGUCGUCUAAUAUCGAAGUUAAACAGCGCCGCUGUUAUCUUGUCAGCCUCAACGAUGGCCCGUCGCUUAAUGAGAAUUUAUUUUAGUAUCUCAAGUUCUAGGAAUGCUCCAGAAUCGGGCUGACACCGGAAGAGAGCGAACGCACUGAGUAACGGUAUCAAGAUUAUCCAUUGAUAACGACCGUGAUUGUCAAUCCGUUCUAUGAACUUGGAAAAAUCACAAACUGAUUGGAGCUGCGAUGUCUUCGUGACAGUGUUGUUCCACAAUGUGACCGUGGACUGGCACGUUCUCAUCAUUUCGCAGCAGAAAGAGAUUGUGGGAUUGUGGGAUGCCGAUGACGAAACUGAUAAGGAGAGUGAGAAUGAGGUCUUCAAGAUGGCAGAAUUGGAGGCUGCUUUUUGAGCAGUCUUAAUAAUUUUUUUUUCCAGAACUGGAUUGGUCCAGUAUUCAGU